CUUUCUGUCCUUCUUUUCUUUUCUUUGGGGGGUCGAUCCGUAUGGUUUGGUUGCUGGAAUGGCACAGUGAUUUGCUAUACGGAGUGUCUCCUUCUCCUCCUCUGUGGCCGUUCCUGUUUGAAUGGUACAGUUCGUGGGCAGUGGGAUAUGCUUCGUUAUUUUGGGGGGCUCGGUAGUAGUACCAGUAUUCGCUUUCUUUUCUUCCGAGCCUUGGAUUUUAGCCCGCCUUCGUUUUGCUUGCGCCGCCUGAGAUUCAACUGCAAAUUUUGCCCAUCGAGUUGCGAUCGGAGCGCCGGUAAUCACCAGAAGCUUCGAACGUUUGUUUCAGGAAAGGGACUUCUUUUUUGUGUUUUUGUCAUUUUGAAACGGACGAGCGUUGCUUUUCCCACAUUCUAGUAGUAGCACACAACUGAAUUGAACACCAGUGCGACCAGAUUAUCCCCGUUGAAUGGCGCCGUUCUGUCGAGAUCACUCUGUCUAGUAACUACCAGACGAUCCGUUUUCAUUCACAUCGCAUUUACUACUAUGGCUUGCAGUUUUUUGUACUCAACCGAGCCAGCACUGGUAACGUUCGGAAUCUGUGGCGAUGCAGUUAAAUUCUCAUUUUCAUCUGAGACGAAGGGGAGGCGCCGAAAAAUAAAUCCGUUUCAUUUGUUAGCGCUGCCAUUUGUACACAGGAACCAAAAAAGCACCGCAAAUCAAAAACGAGAGAUCGCUGCCGCAUCUUUCUCCCUUUGAUUGAUGAGAGGAGCAGCGUAAAGACGCGUCUUUAAUGGCCAGCCACGCGCCUACGCCCGAGCCCGUCCGGCCGUCGGCGUAGCGGUAGUGGUAGGCGUUAAAAUAGAGCAGCCAGCGCGCGGCGGCAGCGCACGUCGCUGGACCCCCGCCCGCGCUUCUCCCUCCGGUGGCACGCAGACGCAGCAGCCAAAGUACUACUGCUACGGCGUAGCAGCUGUUUUUACGUGCCGUCCUCCUCUCCUCUCCUAUUCGUAUGGCCCUUCUUUUUUACUUUUGUCUCUUUAGCCUUUCUGCGCUGUUUCUAGCUGUUGCUUGCUUGCUUGCUUCCCCUCGGGAUCUGCGCGCCAUGCCGCUGCCGCUGCUGCUUUGUGGCCUCCGCCGCCGCCUGCCCGUGUGGGUUGGUCGCCUGCUUCCUCUGCCGGCGCGGCGGGAUGCCCAACGUGGGUACGGUUUGGCAGCGCUGUGUUGGUGAGCUGUUGCCUUGUUGGUGAGCAGGACCCCGGUGCUCUGCCAUUUUAUUUUUAAAGUUGGAGUUGGGUUAGGAGUUGCUAGGUCAGAGGGAGGAGAGCCUGUGCGUCUGUGCUUGUGUUUUCCCCUUGCAUCAGGCUUCCUGGCAUGGUACGUACGCAGUUUCUUGAUGGAUGACCAGUUGAUCUGCAAUGCUGCUUGCUGAUGAACUGCGUGAUUCGUUUAUUUUGAGUUGUCUUGUCCAUCCAAGGCCUUGGCGCUUCUUGUUUCGUUGGAUUAUCAUGUGGGAGUGGGGCAUCUCUGUGCUCCUCCUCUGCUGGCUGCAGGGCCAGGACUGCUGCACGCCUUAAUCUCACUUUCCCCACUUGCAUAUCAGUGCUUGCCAUGAGCAUUUCUUUGUACCUGAACAAGUGUAGAUAGUAUUAUGAUUGUUGCUGUUAUACCAUCGCUAGUUUCAUGUAAUCUAACUGGUUAUCUAAUUGUACACACAUAAGUUUAAUGUAAUAAAUAAAACCAUGGGAUGUUGGGCUAGAAUAGAACUGAUAAAGUUGGUCAGCCAUCGCUGGAUAAUUACUUGACAUAUCGGGUACUCAAUCGUUUCUUUUGCGUUUAGUUCAUUUCCACUGUACUGUACUUCAUGUUUUUCUCAUGUUCUCGGCUGCUCUAUUCCAUGUCGGCAGCCUGACAUUUGCGUUGUCAGUUGCAGAUGACAUUUUGAUCACUACUCACCUUUCACACUGGUCGACAAGACCUCUGUGCCGAUUGUUUUCUCAAUCUAGAAGAAAUUUAGUGCGAUAUGCCAAGAUCCAACUCAGACAGGGAUGAUAUCUUCUUUGAUGCAUUUGAUGAUAUUAGUUCAGCAAGGGAGCCUUCAUCAUCAGAUGAUUGUAGUACGAGUGGCGAAGGAUUGGCGCCAAGGGAAUUUGAGUACGACAUUUGGGCAAACGAGCCAAUGAGUGUUAAAGAAAGGCGGCAAAGAUUCCUGGAGGGAAUGGGAUUAGAUGACUUAGGUUCCACUAAAGUGGAUCUUCCUCAAUGUCAGGCAGAGAUAACAAGUGCUGACACUGGUGCUGACUUGCAGGAAAGGACUGUUAUGAGCGACGUCUCUUCUUUGGGUUCAUCUAUACCUGAGAAUGAAUCAGCAUUUGAUGCCGCCUGCUGCAUUAGGGAUCUGGAUAGUGGAAAGAGAUAUGUAGUUCAUAAUGGCGGGCAUGACGGACUAACUAGCUUUCUCAAGGAUGUUGCAACAGAUAAGGUGUUGUCUCUUCUGGAGUUUGAAAGCUUAGUUGGUGUUUCUCGAUCUGUUCAAAAGUUAUUACGAAGAGCAUAUUGCCAGAGUCCUGCCCUGGCAACAGAGGCAAAAGAGGCUAUUGGUGGAAAGAAAAAGGAUAUCAAAAGCUUGUGCAAAAACUUGAUGAAGAAGAGGAGUUUCGGUGGAAUGUGCAAGACUGAUGUCCAUGUAAAAAGCUGCACGACAAGUAUACCAUCCAGAACAAAAGUUCAGCACCGAAAGAAGAAGAAUGCGGAAUUCUCUGCUGUCUAUAUGGGUCAAGAAAUCCGGGCUCACAACGGUUUAAUUAGAGUAAUGAAGUUUAGUCCGUCUGGCUGGUAUUUAGCAAGUGGUGGUGAGGACUGUGUUGUGAGAAUUUGGCAGAUUACAGAAGUGGACGCACAUUCUAAAAUGUAUGGGGGAGAGAACCACUCUCAUGAACAUGUAGAGAAAAUUAAAAUCCUAAAACCGAAGCUAGAAGAGGGGCAGGGCCGUGCACUUGCAGUUAUGCCAAGCAAGGGUUUUCACAUUACAGAGAGCCCAUUGCAUGAAUUGCAUGGCCAUACAGGUGAUGUCCUGGAUAUGACAUGGUCGAAUUCAGAUUGUCUGUUGACCUCAUCAAAAGAUAAGACAGUCAGAUUGUGGAAAGUUGGCUCAGAUGUUUGUCUUGGAGUAUUCAGACACAAAGACUACGUGACGUGUGUUCAGUUCAAUCCUACUGACGAAAGAUACUUCAUCAGUGGUUCAAUAGAUGGUAAAGUUCGCAUUUGGGAUGUUCUACACAAGCGGGUCGUCAACUGGGCUGAUACCAGGAAUGUUAUAUCUGCUGUUAGUUACCAACCAGAUGGAAAGAAUUUUGUUGUUGGCACGACUGGAGGAGUUUGUCGCUUCUACGAUCAAUCAGGUGAAGACAUCCAACUAGACAAAGAAUUGUUUAUGCAAGGGAAAAAGAAAUCUGCUGCCAAUCGGAUCAAGAGUCUGCAGUUAUGUACAAGUGAUUCCCCUAGAUUCCUAGUUACAUCAACAGAUUCCAAGAUUCGAGUUGCUGAUGGUGCUGAUAUCGUCCAAAAGUUUAAAGGGCCUUGGAAGUCGAAGGCUCUUUCAUCGCCAUCACUAACAUCAGAUGGCAGAUAUCUUAUAUCCACUGGCAUGGACUCCAAUGUCUACAUAUGGAAUUUUGACAACUCAAGCAGCGCCUCACAGAAAGGUGAAGCCAAAUCGGUUCGAUCGUGCGAAAUGUUCUUCUCCAAGGACGUGACAACCGCGGUGCCAUGGCCGGGGGUGCACCAAGACAGGCAUGUCAAGCCGUCCCGCUUGCCCGAGAAAUCUGCCAGCGCGUCGGCUUUACGCCGCCAUGGAGGAGAAAGCCGUUCCCCUGGGACAUGGUUCUUCGCGGACGGCAUGAGGGGGUCUGUGACGUGGCCAGAGGAGAAGCUCACUUCGGCGAAGCCUGUCAAUGGCCCCCGGCUGGCUGACUGUCUCUCGGCGAUAUCGGCUGCCUGGAACAUGGUGAUAGUGACGGCGAGCCACGGCGGCGUGAUCCGGUCCUUCCACAACUACGGCUUGCCUGUGACGUUGUGAGGUUGUAAGCUUUGGUUAUCACUAGUUUCUUCUACUGACGACCUUGAGUUGUUUUUUUGUUCUUCCUCCGGAAGUGUUGGGGGAGUGGUGGAAGAGAGGUUUGGUAUAGCACCAAGAAAAGAGGGAAUGUUGUACCACGGGGGUCCCUAGCUUCUGAAAAGGAGAUUAAUCAGUGGAGAUGCUCGCUUUUGUCUGCAAGCUCUCUUUUUUUCUUUAUGAAAAGGCCUCAAAAUUGUUGCUUAGGUUUUUUGUUGCUAGUUCCUCUCUACGAGGUGACUAGCAUAUGCAACCCUGUUGAAGCUGUUUUCAAAGAUGGUGGGCAAAAAUCCUUGUGUGUAUUUCACUCUUGGAAGACCA